AUGGCACCACACAAGUACGGAGGGCUAGCUUUUAUAGCCGAAGUAUACUUUGGCUCCCCUUCCAUACGGCAGUAUCUUCACGUCGAUACCGGAAGCAGUCUUACAUGGACACAAUGUUUCCCGUCAUCCCAUUCAUUUGUUGAUCACAUUUAUCCAAAGUAUUGGCCCGAAGACUCAAAUACCUACCGUGAUGCGGAGUGUGAACCAACGGCGAACAAUUCGAAUCCAAAGUUUAGCUUUUCUGAUUCGAGUGGAGUAUGCAGCUACGAGCAAACAUAUGUAGAUGGAAAUCUAAUUCGAGGCAGACUUGCUGAAGAAAUGAUUACAUUACAGCUGCGGAAUGGUGAGUUCAAAGUGGUAUACGACGUUCAUUUUGGGUGUAACGAUCAAGCCGUGGGUGAAGACUAUAUAGGAACGGGCAUACUAGGCCUCGCGGCUGGAAACUUCUCCCUCGUAGAGAAGCUCGGGUCAAAAUUUUCGCUUUGUUUCGGUUGGAUAAGGGAAAGUAAACCCACUCACAACUUAAUCCUUGGUGAUGGUGCAAAUCUACAGGGUAAUCCGACCGAAAUUAAUAUCACGGGAGGCCAUUAUAUGUGUACACUGGAGUUCAUUCUUGUUGGUGAGGAAUUAAAAACCGUGAACGACACAAUCCAGGCCGUAUAUCUUGACACCGGCUAA